AAGAUAUACGACCAAGCUGCCUCCAACACAAGACUCGUGGCAUCCAUGCUGUCACUGUUCAUAAAGGCGUUGAACGAAAUCGGCACAUCAUACGGUGACAUCCACAUCAUCGGCCACAGCCUCGGCGCCCACAUCAGCGGACAAGUGGGUCAGCUGCUGGGUGGACAGCUUGGGCGAAUUACAGGCAUGGAUCCGGCAGGCCCCUCGUUUGACAAGGACAACUGCGACAUUAGGCUGGACAAGACGGACGCCCAGUUCGUGGACAUCAUGCACACGGAUGCAGAACAUCUGUCAAAGUUGGGCUUUGGUAUGAUGCGACGGAUGGGCCACGCCGACUUCUACCCUGCCGGUGGGUCCGACCAGGAGGGAUGCCCCAAGAACCUGGGCGAUCACCUGUUUUCGUUGGUGACAGGCGGUAUUAAAGGGUUCAUCAGCGGCGCUGCGUGCAGUCACAGCCGCGCAUACGACAUGUUCUGGUCUUCCCUCACCCAUUGCCAUUACACGGCCGUCCCCUGUGCCAACUGGGACGACUUCAAGGCAGGGAAGUGCAGCUGCAGCGACGCCACGCCCUGCUCCCGCAUGGGCUACUUCGCCGACCCCAAACUCCACGGCACUUUCUACCUCAAAACCACUGGGACUCCACCUUAUUGCUGUAAGUAA